AUGUACGCCUCACCAUCAAAGAAUAGAUACUCCGCAGAAGAAAAGAAACAGCUUCUGGCGAACCUUGACCUCGAAGGCGCGUCCCAUUCUCUUGUUCUCGUUGAUUCCAUCUUACAUCUGUUUCGAGCAGUCCAGCACCGAACUGAGCAGAUUGAAGCAUGGCUCGCAGACUCGUUAGAGAACUUCCGACUCCGCCAUGAGGGUCAAAUAUCGCGAAUACCACGUGUCGUCCGUGAUAUCACACUGAAAGAGUUCGCAAAGUACAAUGGGAACGUUCAGGAGUGUGUGAAGGCGAUGGCUCGCGACGCGCUCGGAACAGGACAGAACGGGAUGGACAGGACAGCCUUAAAGCGAAAAUGGGCUGCAUCGCAAGAGGAAGCGAAUGCAGCCGCUGGUCCGAGCACCGGUGCGGGCUCGCGGGAUGCGGAAUCGUCGAGGGGGCUCAAGAGUGAAGAAACCUCCCUCUACGACCGGCCCUGGCACGUUCAGAAGCCUCGCUUCGCCGUACCCAAGACUCCCGGGACUGCACGUCCACCACCGCGCAUGCCGUCCACGACAAUGCCGUCUCCUAGCCCACACAAAGUGGCUUCCGGCAAACCCUCCCUGUUCUCCAAACCGUCUUCGCGACCGGUGUCACCGUCGAAGCUACCAUCUCCUUCGAAAGGAUCUCAUCCGAACCACUAUGCCCGUGUAGUUCGUCCACCCUCCACAACCACCUUCAAUCCUGUCCUACCACCUCAGCCGCGCUGGCCCAGGAUGGAUGAAAGCAUGAUGAGCGUUAACGGCUCACCCCUCGCCAACCCCUACCAACUCGGUCUCAAUGGCUAUAUGAAGACGGUAGCCGGGGCCGAGGGCGAUGCCCUGGAUGACACCGACGGUAGCGAUACUGAACCUCCACGGCCCCUGAACGGCCUACAAACGCUCAAGAAGAAGAGCAGUAUCAUAAUACGCUCUUCCUCAUCUCAUUUGUCUCAAAGUGGCCACUCGCGGUCGAACUCACAGUCGAGCCUGGCGCAGUCCCAAGCAUCACGCCCUCCUCACUCCCGCAAUACCUCGCAAACCAGCACGAACGGCUUCGUUCCCGCACGCACGAACCACCAGCCAAACGGAGAAGACGCUUCCGGACCAACCACACUGCUGUCACUAUCUGCAUUGGUAUCUGUUCCAACAAAGGACGGUCACGUCCUAGAGUUCGACCCUUUUCGCACAUCGCCAGAGGAGAUUGACGCACUGGAUGGGAUCACAGACAGCGCGAAGAAACAAGCGAAGGAGGACAUGGCGCGCCUCAUACAGGCGGCCAUGGACAGAUGGAAGAUCAGCUAA